GAACGUGUGAGCAUGAUGUGCAUCUUGUUCAACUGCAUCACCUUGGGGAUGUACCAGCCGUGCGCCGACGAGGUGUGCACAUCGAGCCGCUGCCGCCUCCUCGAGAUGUUCGACGACUUCAUUUUCGCCUUUUUCGCCAUCGAGAUGAUGAUCAAGACCAUCGCCAUGGGCAUCACGGGAAAAGGGAGCUACAUGAGCGACUCAUGGAACAGACUAGACUGCUUCAUAGUUUUUGCCGGAGCUUUAGAAUACUGCCUUGAUGUUGGAAAUAUUAAUCUUUCUGCGAUUAGGACAAUCCGUGUACUUAGACCGCUCAGGGCAAUCAAUAGAAUACCAAGUAUGAGAAUCUUAGUCAUGCUGCUUCUCGAUACGCUUCCAAUGCUGGGGAACGUUCUACUCUUGUGCUUUUUUGUGUUCUUUAUUUUCGGCAUAGUGGGAGUGCAGUUGUGGGCUGGCCUUCUACGACAACGGUGCUAUAUAGAUCUUCCUAAAAACGUUUCUUACCCAGAGAACGUGCCGCCUUUCUACCACGAUCCAGAUGACGACGAAUCCGAGUAUAUCUGUAGCCUAGACAAGGAUAGCGGUAUGCACCGGUGUGUGGACCUACCCACUUACACGUACAUGGGUAGACCGUGCAACGGAACUGCCGUACCUUUCAGUAGCAACUCCCCUUCUCUCACCUCCUGUGUGAACUGGAACCAGUACUACGUCAUCUGCAGGGCCGGCAACAGGAACCCUUUCAAGGGUGCCAUCUCCUUCGAUAACAUCGGACUCGCAUGGGUGGCUAUAUUCUUAGUGAUCAGCUUAGAAGGCUGGUCAGAUAUUAUGUACUACGUACAAGAUGCUCAUUCGUUUUGGGAUUGGGUUUAUUUUGUCCUUCUUAUUGUUAUUGGUUCUUUUUUCAUGAUCAACCUGUGCCUCGUUGUCAUCGCCACUCAGUUUUCGGAGACAAAGAAACGCGAGAUGGAACGCAUGCGCUUGGAACGAUCGACUAUGAAUUCUAGCAGCAGUCUUUCUAGCAACAGUUUUUCGGAACCCACCGGUUGCUACAACGAGAUCGUCAAAUAUAUCGCCCAUCUGACCAGGUGCGGCAGGCGGCGACUCCUCCUCUGGUACAAGCACUUCCGCAGAAAACGACGCAAAGAGGAGUACGGCCGUACCAGCAUUUCUCUGAGGCGGAGAACCCGGCGCUCCUCUUCCCAGCAGCGUGGUUCCUGGUCUUCUUCCUCCAAACAUCGUCGGUCUUCCGCCUCCCUCAACGGCAACAGUCAGACCAGGAAGACUUCAACCCACGUCCACCCUAUGCCAGAAAUGGCAGUCCUACAAGUUCCGUUCGCGGAGAGCCCCCAGGCUCCGUGCGCGAGUCCGGAGAUUUCCGACAUCGAUCUAAUUGGCUCUCCUAGGAGGCCCAACCUGGACGUGCCCAGAGAUCAGCCUUCUUACAGUGGGAGCGAUUACCUCUUCUCCACUGACUCCUCUGUGCCAACACUGCCUCAAGAUGCUGGAAAGGAACCCUCCCCGAGGGUGUCCAUUUCUCUUGAGCCAGGGCGAAGGCGUGUGUCUAGCGGCAGCAAAACAUCCCGCCUCACUUGCGCCCAGUUACUGGCCCUCAGCGGCACGCAGGGGGCCGCCCUGGCUGCCAGCUGCAACUUCUCUGUGCACAGGUUCUGCUCAGGAAGAGGUGAGAAGCAUAUGUCUGCGCCCACCCUCAUCUUCUACUACCCGGAAGGCGAGCACCCCAGCGGUCGUCCUGAGGCCGUGGAAGGCAGCGAGGGGGAGGACGAAGAGGGCAGCAGCGACCUGGACGACUUCUCGUUCCUGGAACGUUACAAGUCGUCCAUGUGUUGUCGCUGGUGGAAGCCCAAGCAGGCGAAGCUCAAGCAACUCGUCGAUCAUCGGUAUUUUCAGAGGGGGAUUCUGACAGCCAUUCUCGUCAACACCUUGAGUAUGGGCAUCGAGUACCACAACCAGCCGGAUGAGCUAACAUUCAUCGUGGAAGUAAGUAAUCUCGUUUUCACCGGAAUCUUCGGUUUCGAGAUGUGUCUCAAAAUUCUGGCUGAAGGUCUCUACGGAUACAUCAGUAGUGGAUACAACGUAUUCGAUGGGGUUAUCGUUAUACUCAGCAUAGUGGAACUCUGUCAGAGCAGUGGAAGUGGUCUGUCCGUCUUGCGUACGUUCCGACUUCUGAGAAUACUGAAGCUGGUGCGUUUCUUGCCUGCUCUUCGUCGGCAGUUGGUCAUCAUGCUGAGGACGGUGGAUAAUGUGGCGGUUUUUUUCGCCCUGCUCAUACUUUUCAUAUUCAUUUUCAGUAUUCUCGGCAUGAACCUUUUCGGGUGUAAAUUCUGCGAAAAGUCCGAAGACAAUAGUGACUGUGACAGGAAGAAUUUUGACUCAUUGCUAUGGGCCAUAGUCACAGUGUUUCAGAUCUUGACACAAGAAGAUUGGAACAUCGUUCUGUUCAACGGUAUGGAGAGAACCUCCCACUGGGCGGCUCUGUACUUCGUAGCGCUCAUGACUUUCGGAAACUACGUUCUUUUUAAUCUUCUAGUUGCUAUCUUAGUUGAAGGUUUCUCCGCAGAAGAUGAAAGGAAAAGGAGUGACGAGUCUAUUAAUCAUGAAGAAGAGCAUAAGCAGGUCAAAAAAACUUCUAGAAAAGAAUCACAAUCAUCUCGACAUGGUCACCACCACCAUCCGAGAUACUCACAGGACCAAGGGGAAGGAAGCCACUUCUCUCCUCCCCUCAUCACGCACACGGCAGCUACCCCUCAGGGCUCUCCAAACAACACCCUGGAACCUCUUAUGAGGGACUUCAAAGACAGGCUGACACCACUCAUGGCCUUCAACGUACCUGGACAGUCUUUCGAGUCCAUAGAUAAAACAUCGACGGCAGCCAGUCCACCAGACUCUGGCAGCCAGUCCUCCCGGAGUCAGAGGACGAGCAUCGGCAGCGAGAUUCUGAUGUACGUGCCAAACUACGAAGUUCCUAAUUCUCCGGCGCCCAGUAGAGAAGCUGACUGCCUCAACGUCAACCCGGGCAAACUCAAGACGGUGUCACGUCGGCAAAGCAGUGAGGAAGAGGCCACCAGUUUUUUCGAAGAGGACCAUCCCAAAGUAAAGCUGAAAGAAUGCGAGGGCUGCCUCACCGCAGCAGUGGAGGAAGGAGGCUUGUGCCCGGAGGCCCUGAAGAGCUUAAACGGAAACAAGAACGCCCCUCGCUUACACGUCUUCAACCACCGUCAUUGUAACGGCGGCGUCCCUCUAUUAAGGGACCGGAUCUUAAAGGACACUGAAGUUCAUCUGACCCACAAGGACGUUAGUCCGCAGUAUUCUUUAAGAAGCCAAGACUCUCUGCCGCCAGAUAACUCCCUUAGUUCACUGGCUAGCGUUAGUCUUUACCCGAGUCGGCAUAACUCAGUCAGUAGUACCUGCACAGCGCCGGAUCCUGGGCUUGUGACUCUCGAAGAAGAGGAACCAGCUGUGGUACAGGGACCCGCACCGCCUGACUGCAAAAAUGACAAAUGUGAGAUUACCGAAAAGAUCUGCUGGAUCAUCGAACCUAAAGGUUGGAUCAAAGAGCGGGAAAACUAUUCCAUAUUCUUGUUUCCUCCAACUAACAGGUUCCGGCAGAUCUGCAACACAAUUGCAUCGAAAAAGGCGUUCGACUACGCCGUAUUAUUCUUCAUUUCACUGAACUGCAUCACCCUGGCCAUGGAGAGACCGACUAUCCCACCGGGGAGCCUCGAGAGGAACAUUCUCACGGCCGCCAACUAUGUCUUCACCGUUGUCUUCGCCAUAGAGAUGUUUAUAAAGGUGAUUGCGAAGGGUCUGUGGUACGGAAACAGAGCGUACUUCAAAAGCGGGUGGAAUGUGAUGGACGGAUCUCUGGUCAUCAUUUCCCUCGUCGAUUUCUGUUUGUCCUUUAUAGCUGACGGAAGCCCACGUAUCUUUGGGAUACUACGCGUUUUCCGGUUACUUAGGUCACUCAGACCACUCAGAGUCAUCAAUCGGGCGCCAGGAUUGAAACUGGUUGUCCAGACUCUGUUGUCCUCGCUCAGACCCAUCGGAAACAUCGUGCUUAUCUGCUGUACGUUCUUCAUUAUCUUUGGCAUUUUGGGUGUCCAGCUUUUCAAAGGCAGUCUAUAUUACUGUGAAGGGCCUGACGUAAGGCAUGUCAAGAACCGCACAGACUGCGAAGCUGACGCCCGAAAUCAAUGGGUGAACCAACGGUACAAUUUCGAUAACCUUGGACAGGCUCUCAUGUCUUUAUUCGUGCUCUCUUCAAAGGACGGAUGGGUAAAUAUCAUGUACACAGGGUUAGAUGCAGUUGGUGUCGACCAACAACCCAUCGUCAAUUACAAUGAGUGGAGACUGCUUUACUUCAUUUCCUUCCUGCUACUGGUGGCGUUUUUCGUGCUGAACAUGUUCGUCGGGGUGGUGGUGGAGAACUUCCACCGGUGCAGGGAAGAGCAGGAGAAGGAGGAGAAGGCUCUCCGUGCCGCUAAACGAGCGAAGAAACUCGAGAAGAAGAGGCGAAAGAUGAGGGAGCCUCCUUAUUACAUCAACUAUUCCAAGCCACGGCUGCUGACUCACAACAUCAUCACCAGCAAGUAUUUCGACUUGGCCAUCGCCGCUGUCAUUGGACUCAACGUCGUUACUAUGGCGACGGAAUUCUACAUGAUGCCGAUGGAACUAGUCUAUGCCCUAAAGGUUUUCAACUACUUUUUUACUGCCGUCUUCAUCCUUGAAGCGGCAAUGAAAAUUGUUGCUUUAGGACUGCGCAGGUAUCUUUCUGAUAGAUGGAAUCAAUUGGAUGUUGGAAUAGUUGGGCUCUCAGUAAUUGGUAUCGUUUUGGAAGAAAUGGAAUCCGAAGUUAUACCAAUUAAUCCGACAAUUAUACGUGUAAUGCGUGUACUGAGGAUUGCAAGAGUUUUAAAAUUGCUCAAAAUGGCAAAGGGAAUCCGAGCCCUCCUUGACACAGUAAUGCAAGCUCUACCCCAGGUUGGAAACCUGGGCCUUUUGUUUUUCUUACUAUUCUUUAUAUUUGCUGCCCUGGGUGUGGAACUCUUUGGCCGCCUGGAAUGCACUGAUGACUAUCCAUGCCAGGGUCUCGGCGAACAUGCUCAUUUCCGGAACUUUGGGAUGGCAUUCCUCACUCUGUUUCGGGUGGCCACCGGAGACAACUGGAAUGGAAUAAUGAAGGACACCCUGAGGGAGAACUGCGAUCCUUCCAGCGAGUGCAUUCGCAAUUGCUGCGUCAGCCCAGUGAUCGCGCCCCUCUACUUCGUGGUGUUCGUCCUCAUGGCCCAAUUCGUAUUGGUGAAUGUUGUCGUCGCAGUGCUCAUGAAGCACCUCGAGGAGUCUCAUAAGCAUAUGGACGACGACAUAGAGAUAGAUGCGGAGAUUGAGAGACAGCUGGCCGCUGAAAUAGCACACAGUGUCCGGAAGAAGGGUCGUGAUCGUCGCAGAGAAGCCCGGAAGCAAGAAGAAAUGAAGCAAGCUUCCCACCGGAAACUCAUCAAGAUGUCUUCACUGCCGGCAAACUUCAUCUUCCGUUUCUCCGACGAUGCUGAUGGAAAAAUGAGAUCAGAUGCUGCAAGCCAAGAUCGAGCUGCAGGCGCCCAAUAUAGUCCCCUGGCGACCAUCUCUGUGCACGGAGAAGACGACGCUGAGGGUCCCUCUCCAACACUGUCAUGGCCAGUAGCUUCCACCAGUGGUGGUCGUCGUCACACGCUGGACACCAGUCCUACUCCCCUCGUAGGCAGUGUCAUCAGUUUAUGUAGUUCCUCUUCCGACGGCGGGACUCGUUCCCCACCACAGCCUCGGAGGGGAGGCUCUUUGGGUCCACCUAUCCGUAUGAUCAGCGCAGAGUCCAGUGAUGAUGCCUCUGUAACUGUGGUUCCAGCUGAAGAUAUCGUCAUCGAAGAAGUCCAAACCACAAACGAGGAUCAAUUGUCGGUCUGUGAUGUGCAACUGGAAGAAGACGAAAUAGAGGACAAUGGUCUGUUGUGGUAUGUAGAGGAAGAAUCAGAAUCCACUAACGGAUUGCUGAGGAACUAUCCGGAGUUAAGGUCCCAACCAGGACUAGACACGGUGUCGUGGACUGCGUCGGAUGACUUCUCGUCUACCACCGUGUCAGGGACCCUUUCCGGAAAUGAUCCAGCUCCAGCACCCGAAGCGGUUCAGGGACCGUCUCAGUCCAUGUCCCAGUCCUCAUCACUGAGGAUGCUAGAGGAUGUAGAGGAAGAUGUGAUGUUAGAGGACGUUGAAGAAGAUGUAUUAGUAGUGGACCCCAACGACCAAAAAGCGGUACUGGUUAUAGGGACCAGGCGAUGCUCCGGCAUGCCCGUUACAGGGGACGAUAAUAUAGGUCACUGUGUCAGUAAACCGAAGGACCAGUGCUAACGAAUGUUGAAAACAGACCCUGAGUAUUCUUACCCUUGGAAUUCCAUUUUGGAGUUCUGGCUACAUAACACACUUUAUUUUCUUAUAUUCCAAAGCAUACCAGUAUUUUAAACUGCUUGAAUAGAUAAUUGAUUAUAAAAUAAUUGGAAAAAAGUUUUUGCUCAGCUGCAGUGGCCUUUUAGGAGAGAAUCACUUAUGAUACUAAGCCUUAUAUUUUGUAGUAGAAUUUUAAUUGCUCUGCACAUCCUUCUGUUCAUUUUUUUAGUACCCAUAGUAAUCAUCACCCUGAAUCACACACUUCUGAGAGCAGGAACAUAGUAAUUUUUUACUUGGCACUUCUUUAUUAUAAUCUUCACGAUAAACAAUUUAAAUAUAUUAAAUUAUUCUCAUUUCUUCUGAAAUACCGCUACUAUAUCAUCCCUUUUGACAGAAUUUGAUUUUUUUUUAUUGUGGACAUGAAUAUCCUAUACUAAUGUUCAGAUAUUGAAAAAUAUGAUAAAUACGAAUUAAAAUAAUGAAAGUACUAAAACUGCACAUAUUUUAAUUACUUCCAUUUCUUUCCCAUAACUUAAAAAUUUAUUUUUGACAUAUUACCCUAAAAAUAUAUAUUAUCGUGUAUAUCUUGAAUGUUAAUCUUUGUAGUACGGAAAAAAUCCCAACAUUCAACUGCAGCUGCAAUAUUUCAUUAUUUUAAGAUACUGCAGUUAAAACAAAAAAAAAGGAAAUGAAGGAUAUUAAUAAUCCAAGUUCCCAAAUGCUUUUUCAAGCGUGGUAUACUCCGGGUCUGCGAUGGGUCUUAGCAAAAGAAAAAGAAAUUAUUCAAUCUAAAACAUAAAAAAAAAAAAAAAUCUUUCCAUAAAAACUGUACAAAACGCGAUGCUUUGACGACGAAAGCAUCUUUUCUAUGUGAUGUUGUAUUUGUACGUGUUUUCACUGUACAUAAUGUAAGUAGAAGAGCACCACAUAGAAUUUUUUAGAAACUGUAUCAAAAUGCGUUUCAACUGUUGUCGCCUCGUCGAUAGCCGAAGAAAAGGAAAGAUUGACAUGUGGUAAAUCUUUCUUUAUAAGUGUUAUCUAAAAGAUAUAUAUAUCUAAAUAUAUAUUAUAUGAAGUAUGUGUACAUAGAAUCGAGAAAUGGAAUUUGCCUAUGACUAUUAAUUAAGAGUUUUAAACCUUGUUCCGUAGGUUGUUCAUUUUAUAAAAGAAAAAUAUCUGUUACUUUGCAUUAUUUGAUGACAAAGAUUUGUCGUCACUUCGAAAGGGUGUUUUGAAUUUUAUAU